CGAGACACGCAGGAGGCAGGAGCGCGCGAGGGCAGGAAGCCUAGAAGGGCAGUGCGUGGCCGCAGUGGCCGUUGUAGUCGCCACGCGAAGCCUGGCAGAGCGGUGCGCUGGGCAGGAAGACUGAUAAGGAAGCGCGGCUGCUGGGUCUGCAGGCGCGAUGCCAACGCCGAAGCCUAAAGCGCAGAGUCGCCCCUUCUGUUUUAGCGUGAAAGGGCAAGUGAAGAUGCUGCGGCUGGCGCUAACUGUGACAUCUAUGACCUUUUUUAUCAUCGCACAAGCCCCAGAGCCAUACAUUGCCAUCACUGGAUUUGAAGUCACUGUUACUUUCUUUUUCAUAUUUUUGUAUUUAGUCAGACUUGACCGAUUAAUGAAGUGUAUAUUUUGGCCUUUGCUUGAUGUUAUCAACUCACUGGUAACAGCUGUGUUCUUGAUAACUGUGUCUAUAUUGGCACUGAUCCCAAAAUCCACAACGUACAUAGUCCUUGGAGGGGUGUUUGGACUGGUGGCCUCGGUGUUCUGCAUGGCCGACGGGGCCCUUAUUUACCGAAAACUGCUGUUUAACCCAAGUGGUCCUUAUCAGAAAAGCGCUGCUCAUGACAAAUUCUAAGUUUUGUGAAUUUACAUUCCUUUUUAGUUGAUGCUAAGU